CGUGACUUGACUCUUCUACUUCCUUAAAGUGUAAACAUUGGAGACCUCAGGGCAUUGAAGUUAACGUUAAGCCAUGGGCCGUGCACCGUGUUAAAUUAUCGGUAUUCUAACAAUAUACCGCGUUGUGAAGUUUGCACGUAGCUGCAAAGCGUCUGGAAAAGCUGGAUCGAAGAAGAAGCUCGAAGGGUGUGUGUGCUGUGUGGGAAUGGGUUACAUUCCUUGCUGGUCCAAAUGCAGAAUAAAGGGAGCGACGAGGUGGAAACAUUGAAGACAAAGUUCUUGUCUGUGUGGCACAAUGUGAAGUACAGUUGGGCUCUCAAAUCAAAGACUUCAUUCAGUAGAAAUUCCCCAGUGUUUCUCCUUGGAAAAUGUUACCACUUUAAAGCUGAAGAUGACGACGGUGUUACAGAAACCUGCUUCGAAGCCUCUGGUGAGGAUUUCGUCAUGGGGAACGCGGAGGCUUUCCGCAGGGAUUUUGCAUCCCGAGUGUGGCUCACCUACAGGGUGGAGUUGCCUCCUCUGCCCAGCUCCACCUUGACCUCCGACUGCGGCUGGGGCUGCAUGCUGAGAGCCGGGCAGAUGAUGCUGGCUCAGGCACUUAUUCUGCACUUCCUGGGCAGAGACUGGACCUGGUCGGAGGCGAUGACGCUCCAGCCUUUAGACACAGAGACGUGGACUACCACUGCAGCCAAGCGUCUUGUCGCCUCUCUGGAGGCCUCUCUGCAAGGUUCCCCCAGGCCCUCCGAUGAUGGCUCACCACCCAUGCACCAAGCCCAGGCACCGGGAUGUGCAGAAGAGGCAGAUGCACAUUUGAAAGAGAUGUACCACCGCACUCUGGUGUCCUGGUUUGGGGACAGCCCCUUGGCUCAGUUAGGCCUCCACAGUCUGGUCCGCAUGGGUCUGACAAUGGGGAAACAGGCAGGGGACUGGUAUGGGCCUGCUGUAGUGGCUCACAUCCUCAAGAAAGCCGUCGAGGAGGCGAUGGACCCUGGCUUGGCGGGUAUAACUGCUUAUGUCUCCCAGGACUGCACAGUGUACAAUGCCGAUGUCAUCGAUAGCCACAGGGCACCAAGAGCAGGGCAGACCUCUGCUGAGAGAUCCGAUGCCCCUCCUUCCCCACACAGUGACCAAGCAACGUCUGCCUCCACCCUGUCUGACAGCCGAGCCGUCAUCAUCCUCAUCCCUGUGCGGCUGGGAGGGGAGAAGACAAACCCUGACUAUUUCAACUUUGCCAAGAGCAUACUGAGUCUGGAGUACUGCAUAGGCAUCAUCGGGGGGAAGCCCAAACAGGCCUGCUACUUUGUAGGAUUUCAAGAUGACAGCUUGAUUUACAUGGACCCUCAUUACUGUCAGUCUUUUGUGGAUGUCAGCACCAGCGAUUUCCCUCUCCAGUCAUAUCAUUGCCCGUCACCAAAGAAGAUGCCUUUCAGCAAGAUGGACCCAAGCUGCACCAUAGGUUUCUACUCUAGAAGUGCUCAAGACUAUGAGAGAAUCAGUCAAGAGCUGUCUAAGGUGCUGCAGCCGUCAGCGAGGGAGAAAUACCCUGCGUUCACUAUCGUGCAAGGUCAUAGCAGAGAUUACGACCUGUCUGCAGGCGUGACCCCGGAGAAGAGAGAAUGGCCCUUCAUCCGUGACCCGCGGAGGACGGUCACCACUGCCGGAGACUUUGUGCUGCUUUGACAGCGCUGUUUAAAAGACUACUGACAGGAAAGUUCUUCUGAAUCAAACUGCUUGAUAUCUAAAGCCUAAGUGUCUUAAGUCUGUUUGACACUGAUGGUUAUGGAACUCUAUACAACUACAGUAACUCAGUUUAUAAAUCCUGGAAACUUUGUUGCUAAGCAAUAUUUGCCAAAACUGUUAUUAACUGGUUGGUCUUGUGUUUGUUAGCUGGAAAUUGUACCUUGCUGAACAUUUAGUCAGGAAGCUUUUGGUGCUCUGCCUAAUUUAAUGAACCUAAAAUGUUUGGUAACACUUUACUUGAAUGUAUCUACAUACGAGUGACAUGACACUGAACCCUAACCAUAACUCUAACCCUAACCAUAACUUGUCAUGACAAAAACCCCAAAUGACACUUACUAAAAGAAGCGUUAUGUCAGAAACGUUUAUGACUUGUUUAUAAUGUUUAUGACACGUUCAUGACCGUGUCAUGUCACUCUUAUGUAGAUACGUUCAGGUAAACCAAAUGUUUAUACUCGUCUAGGGAAGGGAACAUCCACGGGGACAUUAUUUGUGAUUUUUUUAUGGAUAAGCUAUUGAUAGAUGUCAGAUUUUUUUUUAUUUUUUUUUAUUUUGCACCUUACAUCCAGUGAAGAAGUCUCAAAGGGAUCUGCUUAUAAUGAUCAUAAGGUCCAGUUCAGCACUCUCACGUCAACAUGCUUACAAGGCUAUCCGUGUCAUAGUAACCAUGACUAAAAUCAGUGUUGGCCCACUUUAAAAUCUUUUCAGAGGGCUACACCUACAGUAGUUAGACUGUGUGGUUAGCACUGGGAUUAGAGAAGUAUUAUAAAGCCUUAAUUAAUAUGGUCCAAGGGCUUUUUCUUUUUUUAAAUGUAGCCAAGUAACUUUUCCAAACUUCUCUGCCAAAAACAUUUCCUCAAACAAGAGGAGACUUUCUUUAUAGUUCUGCCAACAUUUUUUUCCUAUUCACACUAGAGCUAAUUUCUUUGUCUAAGCAAUAAUAUGAUGGUCUUGUAUGAUUGAUAUUUGCUUGCCUUAGUGUAUUUUGAGUGGUAUUAAUUUUUACUGAGUUAUGCAUCACCGUGCAAGUGCACCAGUGGUGACAGCAGAGUUUGUCAAAGGGAUACUGCCAUGUGCUAUACCUCACCAAGAACUGUCUGUUAUGAAUUACCCUUUACAAUAUAUUUUUUUUAGAUGUAAAAGUAUUUACUGUAUUCGUCUAACACACACUGAAGUAAAAACAUAAAAAACACUCCUAAGUCAGAUUCAGGGAAUUACAAUAUACAGUAAAGUUGAAUUUGUUUGGAGUAGCAAUCUACACCACAUACAGACAUAUAAACCUUCCUAUAUCAAUAUUCUUUUUAUAUGCUGUGUGUGAUUUAAUCAUUUCGAACCAUCUUAACAAAAUAGAAGUGGAGAAGUACGCCAGAACACGUUACGUUACAAAACUUGAUCAUGCACUUUGAUUUAUCACUUCAAGUAUUCCGACUGUUGAACUCCGACAAAUGCUUUCCUGCAUUACAACACGCUGCAUGUCUGUUUGCAUUAAUUAACUUACAAAAUGUAUCAUAAAAUGUAAAAUGUUUUUAACACUGCCAUGCAAAAAAGUUGAAUAAAGUCAAAAUAUUAAAACUUU